AUAAGUGAGAGAGAGAGAGUGAAUCGACAUAUGCCUCUUCGUUGCACAGGAAAACGAAUCUUCUGUGUUUGAAGCUGUGGAAGCGUGUCGUAGGUCCAGAGCAGGGAACGGAAGAAAGUGCCUUGCAUGGAGAGCUUCGAUGAGUUUCUCCAUACACCUAUAUACAUUUAUGAUAUGUAUAUAUUGAGCAAGAGGGAGAGUGAAGACGAUGAUGCAUCAAUUCUCCUUGUUGUUGCGGAAUCCAGCACCAUCGACUACACUUUGAGUUCCAUUUCAAGGGCGCUAGAUGGUAGGUGUAUUGAGCUAUUACAACAACUGUUGAUUCUCAAAGUAAAGAGCGUGUGUUUGGGACGAGGAUAAGGGGGAGGGGAACUGGAGGGGAGCAGGAGGAAGAACAGAGCGGGAAACCGAGAGAGAGGGAGAGAGAGGGCGAGGGGGGAAGGAGGGAAGAGGAGGAACACACAGCCACACACAGGCGGCAGGAAGUAGGAGGAGGAGCAGGAGGAGAGGGGCCGUGCAAUGUUCUUGUUCUUCUUCACGGCCCUGCUGCUGCUGCUGCUUGCAGCCCUGGAGUAGCUGAAUGUGCAGAAGUGAGCGUCAUGAAUGCAAUAACGAUUGUUCUGUGUAGAAUGCCGUACGCAACAACCUUGGAAGGUAGUCAUCGUCGUAGCAGGAGGUUAAAAUCUCGAGAGGGAGGUAGGUGUUUGAAGGCGAAAUUGUUCGAGAUUGACUGCGUGAGAGGUGUUGGGAAUCGGUGUCGAUGAUUCUGGAGUGUUGAGGGGUUGCAGAGAGAGAGAGAGAGAGAGAGAGAGAGAGAGAGAGAGAGCGCGAGAGACGGAACAAUGUUGUGAAUUAGUGAAUUGGCUACACCUUGAGGACCAGCCAUCGGAAAUGUUCCGUGUGAUGAUAGUAAUUUGCGUGGACUAUUGCGGGCUGAGACUGUUGCAGGCGAACGAGAUGAGGUGGUCUCGAAUUGCGAAGAGGCGAUUAGUAAGCCUUGAGGAGAGUCGAUUGAUUGUGAUCGUUUGGUAAGGAUCGUGGGAGGCGAUUUUAUAGGCAAGGGAAUUAGACUGGUGUGGUAAGGAGUGGAGGAAUAAUAUUGAAACGGAGGUUGAGGGAGCGCGCGUGCGGUUCUGUUUCUCAAGGCUGAAAUUAUGGUGUGUCAACAAUGACGUUACUUGGAAGUGAAGCGGCGACGAGAUGGUCAGAAUUAUUAUUGAUGGAAGGGUGUUUCUUUUCAAAUGUGUGGGAAAUAAGUGGAAUUAUCUUCUAGUACUUAUUUCGUGUGCAGAUAUUACAAGGAUUUUUCCUGUGCAAGCCUCCGCGGUGUAUGUUCCAGAAAAUCUUCGAUCAUGGAGUUGCAGGAUCCCGAAGCUGGAGAGGCUCCUCUGGCAGAAGUAAUGGGUAUCCAAUUCGGUAUUCUUUCUGCGAAAGACAUCGUUACAUUGUCCGUGUUCGAGAGAGAGCACUCCAUUAUCACGGCCAAGGAUCUAUGGGACAGUCGCCUUGGGAUAUACAAUCUUCCAGGGAAUAAUAAUCACUGUCAAACUUGCGGAGCCAGAAAAGCCAGUGAUUGCGAUGGACAUUUUGGACACAUCACUCUACCUAUGCCGAUCUACCACCCUCUUCAUAUAUAUUUCUUGAAGAAACUGCUGAAUCAGAUAUGUCUCGUCUGCAAGAGAUUCAAAGAAAAGGAGUUCAAGAAAGGAACUUUUGAGGAACAAGCUACCUGGAUGGAGAUGAAGAGGCAGCUAAACAUUUCUGAAUUUUUGGACAUAGCAAGUAACUGGGAAACAGAUGCUACUAAGAAAGCUUAUGUUUUGAAGACUAAGUGCAAAAUUGAAGCAUUGAACUCGCAAGCAUUUGCCUUGAAGAGAAAUUGGGCGCACAUUUCCGAAAAGCUAACUAGAAAAUCACAGUUACUUAAUACUACAAGCUCGGAGAUCCUAAGCACGCAUGUAGCUUCAUACAUUGACUCCGCAUAUGCUGAUUAUUUGGUUGAGGAAUUAGAUUCAAGCGAGUCCUCCGAUGAUGGGAAGGCUUGCAAGUGGUGUGGAGCGAAUAUUAAGAAUCCCAAAGAUCGAUACCCAAAUCUAGUGGUUACUUUGUCCAAGAUGAAAGACAAUUCUUACGAGACUAUUGAAAUGAAAGCUUCUGUGAAGGAAGGAAAGCUACCUCUAGAUUACUGGAAUUUCGUUUGUGGAAAUCCAGAACGAGUAAAUAAUACCAGGCCCCUUCUACCUUUCGAGGCCUACAAUAUACUACAAUCUUUGUCGAAAAAGGUGAUACAAAAACUGGGCAUGGAUGAGUACGUUGCACGGCCUGAGGCCCUUAUUCUGCACUUCGUUCCUGUGCCACCCAGCGGAUCGCGGAUUACUGAGGUGGAUUUUGGGUCGUCUUUGCCUAGAACUCACAUGGAUAAGCAGCACAAGCUGCUGCAGCGACUCUCAUUUGAAGUCAAGCGAUUGCAAAGUUUAAGGACUGGCAUGCCAGAUUGGGCGACAACCAAGAACGAAGUCAUGGAGCUACAGCUUUUAGCUUCCUCCUACCUCACAGGUAGUAAGUGGGAGCAUGGUCUGAAUCCGAAGGCAUAUGAUGCAGUCGUCAAAAGUGAUGUUCAAAAAUCGGACAGAUACAUGAAGGGGCAUAUUUUAGCAAAGACCAACAAUUCCUCUGCACGAAUGAUAGUGGUUGGUGAUCCCUCUAUCAAGAUCGAGGAGAUAUUACUGCCCGUUUUCUUGGUUGAGCAGCUGACUAUUCCGGAGAAGGUCACGGCUUUUAAUAUUGAACGACUACAGCGAUACGUUGACAAUGGGCCUUAUGCAGACUUGUAUAAAACUGGUGCUGUGUUUCAUGACAGGCCUGGAAGAGAUCGAGUUCGACUUCAUAGUAGAUUGAAACGAAUGGUUGUUGAAAUUGGUGAUACUGUCCACCGUCAUAUUAAAGACGGUGAUUUGGUUAUUGUGAACAGGCCACCAUCGUUGACAAAGCAUGCGAUAAUGGCUAUGGAAGUACGUCUACAUCAUAGCUGUUCAUUAGCCAUCAACCCUCUGAUAUGUGCACCCUUCCAAGCGGAUUUUGAUGGUGAUUGCAUGCACCUAUUCGUGCCUCAGACUUCUGAGGCGCAUGCUGAAGCUCAUGAACUGCUGAAAGUGUCGAACCAGUUGAUAAACCCUCAAGGUGGUCAGUCAAAUAGUGCCUUGACUGAGGAUAGUCGGCUGGGUGCAUACUUGAUGACUAGCUCCUGCAUAUUUCUCAACAAGAUGGAGGUGAGCCAACUUUCAACCUCAAGCCUGGUAUCACUUCCUAUCCCUGCCAUAUUAAAAUCCCCCAAUAAGAGGGAGCCACUUUGGACUGGUCAGCAGUUGUAUAGCACAAUAUUACCUGAAGGAAUUUGCUACAAAGUAACGGAUAAGAAGUUUAGUACCGAUGUUGAAAGAGGGAUCUUAAUAAGUAAUGGUGAGCUUCUUGUCUGUAACGGAAAUUCCAACUGGUUGGGCGAUGCUUUUGACGCUCUUACAGCUGUCAUCCAUACGAGUCAGGGUCCAGCUGCAGCUCUUGUGUACCUUAAUCGUGCUCAAGAGCUUGCAAAUUUGUUCCUUAGAGAUCGAGGUUUCAGUGUUGGGCUACAGGAUUUUCAGCUAUCGAGAGACCGAAGCCAGUUGUUGAGGAGGAGGCUCGAAGAAGUGAGUAUAGGAAAUAGAGAAGCCCUUUUUCGGACACUUCUUAUGGACGAGCACGUGCAAAGGGAAGAGCUUAACAAGAAUCCGGCAAGUAAGAGGGGUCUUACAGCUGAAACUGAGUGCAUCAAAAGCAAAGGGUUAUAUCUUGGUGCUACGGGGAUUGUCAAGCAGGUGGAAGCCUUGGAUAAGGUUGCUGUCGAUAGGUUUCAAACCAAAUUCCGUGAAAGUACCAAACGUUUGGCAAAGGACUAUUGUAAAAGGAUGAACCCGCUACUAGUGAUGAUUAAUGCAGGAAGCAAAGGAUCAAUGAGCAAGUUGGUGCAGCAAACAAUAAGUGUUGGACUUCAGCUUUUUAAGGGAGAACAUCUGCUUCCUUUGAAUGUACCAGAUUUUUGUCAAAAACAACUUACAGAUGUAUCGACUUUAAGAGCCACUGAUUUUCUUCAAUUUGAGAGAAGAGUACCUUCGGCAAAUUUGUCUGGAUAUUGGGAAUCCAGAGGAAUUAUAACCAGCUCGUAUUUGGAUGGUUUAUCUCCACUCCAAUUCUUCAUACACACUUUAUCAUCACGGUAUGGUAUUAUGCGCUCAAAAGUGGAGGAGCCCAACUUACUGCUAAAGCGUCUACUUUUGUUCUUGCGUAAUCUGUAUGUGGAAUACGAUGGCUCUGUUCGAAGCUUAGAGGGCCAACAAAUCGUUCAAUUUAAGUAUGGAAGGUAUAUAGAAGGGCAAAGAGGUGCUAUUACCACUUUGGAAGGGCCGAAAAUUUGGUGUGAAGCAGGAGAACCUGUUGGCAUAUUGGCAGCUACCGCAAUCACAGAGCCUGCAUACCAGCUUAAGCUGGACUCACCACAUAAUGUUGGGGCAAAGGCAAUUGGACCUUUGGAUCUUAUUAAUGAGACUUUGAGUCCAAGCAACCCUUUAAAACUUAUAGACAGGCGUGUCCUCUUAAGAUUUCCUCUUGCUCUGAAGAGUCGACGUCAUGGCCAAGAGAACGGAGCCAUGAGAAUCCUUCAGCACCUGAAGCCUGUGAGUUUGAGUAUGGUGGCGACAACCACUAUGAUAGAAUACAGAAAAGCACAAACUGUAGUUGGAGAGCAUGGAAGGAGUUCACCAUGGGUCGGCCACAUUCGUCUUGGUGUGGUGAAGCUGAAAAUUUACCAACUGUUAGUAGCGGAUCUAGUAGGAAGCUUGGAGACGCAGUAUACAAAUUGCAAGUUCGCUUCCAGCCAUAGCUGUCAGUUUGGAUCAUCUGGAGUCACUCAAGAGCAACCGAAUCCAUGCAUUCAUUUUUUCGUGGACGAUUCGACGCUGGUGGCCACACUCGAUGAUAAGGAAUAUGACGAAGUCUUGUCAAAUUCAUUAGAAGUGAUGAAGAAUGUCAUUUUACCAAUCCUGCUGCGCACACCUAUAAAAGGUGAUGCGAGAAUUGAAUCAGUUAACUUGCUGUGGGAGGAUAUGGAGUGGAAUCCUAGAUGCACUAAGUAUCUUUCUUCCAAAAAGCCGUGCAAAAAUGGGACGGGAGAACUCGUCCUAGAGGUGACUGUCAAAAAGGAAUGUUGCAAAUCAAGAGGCAAGGCUUGGAAAAUUGUCACAGAGUCCUGCUUACCUAUAAUGCAGCUAUUAGAUUGGCAACGGUGCACGCCUUAUAGUAUUCAGGAAUUGAACCAUGUGUUUGGGUUGGAGGCAGCAAAAGGAGUUCUACUGCAGAGGCUUGAGUUAGCAAUCGCAGGAAUGGGAAAACCUGUGAAUCUGGAGCACUUGGAAUUGAUUGCAGAUACCAUGGUAACCUCGGGGAAGGUUAGCGGGGCAUCCUUAUCAGGUUACAAGGAUCUAUGCAAAACCAUCUCUCGGUCCGCUCCAUUCUCUACCGCAGCGUUCCUGAAUCCCAAGAACUCCUUUGUUGUGGCGGGUAGACAUGGGAUUAGCGAAACUAUGGAAGGAGCUCUAUCUUCAAGUGUCUGGGGAAAAGCUCCUUCUCUGGGUACUGGGUCAAAUUUUGAAUUUUUUUGGCAAGCUAAGGCAAGGGAAAGGGAGGUGUGCAAUAUACGAGAGGGUUUUGAUAUACACGAGUAUCUUGCAAAGCUAAAUUCCUCAGCACUUAAACCAUGUGAAGGUGUCCCGGUUCCUCAACAUCAUAAUGAAUCACAAUGUGUUAGCACUACAAUGAUACAAGGUCAUUGUGACAUGGUAAUGUCUCCUGACGAUUUUAAACUAAAGCAGACCAAUGAUGAACUUGAAAUACACUUGAGAUCGAAGGAGGACUUUCCUCAGGUCGGCAAUCAUAAUGGUGUCUUGAAACAACAGGCUAGUUCCCCGACACAUAUUUCUCAUCCUCCUGUGACGGAUCCGAUUCGUACAGAAGGUGCUGUUACUUCUAGGAGUGAGGCAUGUGAAGACAGCUCAUCUUUUCAUACACCGAAUGAGACGUUAGAACUGACACGUCAAGAUAGUUCUAAUUCUAGUCCCUGUUCAAGUUUUCGAAAGGAUCUGUUUCCUACACCAGUUUUGCACGAUGAUUCAGAGGGCGAUGAAACGAGUGGCAUUGUCUAACCUACUUCAAUUGAUGAAGUUGUGGUGAAUUCAUUUGCCACGAGAUUUGCGUAACGGUUUCAUCGGAAAAGUUAGGCUUGUUGUGCUCUAUAUCAAGGUUAGCUACUCCUUUGCUAUGUCGAAUUCUUGUAUAUCUCAGUGCCAACCUAGUCAUGUUGUCAUACUCGAUGCAUAAUAAAAUAGAAACAAAUUUUGGACCUACUCAAUCGAUUUGUUCUCAUCAGUUUGUCAUAAUGGAAAAUAUACCCUUCUUCUUGACC